AUGACCGACGUCGAUGCCUUUAGGGAUGCAGAGCACAUCGCCGACGUCUCUGGCAUUACCCUCGAAGAUGUGGAGUCCGGAUCACCAGUGCCAACGAGCAAUAGCGGCCUCCGCAAUCAGGAUAACGGCCGCGUGAAGAAGCUCCAGUCUGCCGCAAAGGUUGCGUUCAUUGAUCGAUUACUACGCGACCUUGAUAUAUUGAUAUAUUGCGAAUUAUCGGCGCUGUAUUAUAUGGACUGCUCUGUCACUUUAUUUGCCAUUCGUGCCAUCGUCCAACUAAUAUGUUUCACACCUAAAUCGCCACCUUUUGACCCCACGCGCAAUCAGCCCUUCGUCGGCGCCAUCCUGGCCAGCAACCUAGUCUGCAUGAUCUUCCAUGCCUUUUUCAUCCGCCCAGAAGCCGGCGAAGCUACACGGGGAUACCUACAUGGCGGACUAUUCAUCGAUUUCAUUGGGCAGAAACCCGUCCCCGUAUUCCGACUGCUGGUAUUCGAUACCCUAAUCCUGCUAGUCGAUGUUGUCAUGCUAGCAUUGAUCAUUGAACGGGUGAAGACGGUGGGUACCAAGGGGCAGGCCUCCUUGAGUCCAAAUGGAAAUGCAACGACGAAUGCAAACGCAGACACGAAUACCGCGCAAGCGGGACAACAAGACCAUGAUGCGGAGGAACGCGGGGUACGCACUAGUGAAGACGGGGGUGAUAUUAAUGAUUCUCGCGAGAACGAUACUACAAAUACCUCGCCAGUUCCUGAGAUUGACGAUGAUGUACAAGAUGAGCGCACGACACUACUUGCUGACCCCGGCGAAGGCGGUACGGGACCGAUUCCGCGGGGAGGCCAUCCAUUAGACUCGUUCUCGACGGGGCAGGCAGUCAUUAUGGAUAUGGGCUUUUUCACUACGAUACGCGAUCAAUGGAGACAUUCGAGUACGCCCGUUCGAAGAGGGGAUGCUCGUUAUGCACCCUCCCCGCAGGCGGCGACUUUUCUUCGAGAGCGCUUGGGGCUACAGGUUGGAGCUGAUGGCCGCAUUGUACGCAUAGAGCAAUGA